ACUGCCACUGGCACAACCUUGUCUCAGAGGCUCCCUGCCUUAUUAUCCUACUUCGCACAAGAACUUCUCCCUGGUUCCUUCUACUUUGAGCGCUUCCCAGAAGUGUCCGCCUGCUCUGCACCUCAGUGGCCGGCUCCCCAUCUCCGAGCCCAACCUCAUGAAAAUCUUCUUUUCCUCCAGUUCACCAGCAAAAUCCGACGCUGGCAGGAGCGGGCCAGGGCUGCGGGGCUUCUCCUCAUCCUGCGGUACUCCUCUAGGUGGGGUAGGCGAGUUUCCCAGCGAGCGGAGCCCGCUCCGUCGCCCGCGGCUUUGCGAAACUUCCUAGCAGAGAGCAAGCGGGGAAGAAGUUGUUGGGAAGCCCCUCGGAGCCUGCAGAGCUGAGGGCUUUGGUGCGUUUGGGCUCCCUGCGUUGGAGCUGGAGACAUUCAUGACAAGCUCUGUGAGAAAAGGAGACGCGCGCUGGCUGUGCCCGAGCCUCGGCACCUGUGAGAGCCUGAUCAAGAGGUUAUCCUGUGCUCUGUACCUGCCAGAGGACCACUUCUCUGGAUUUCAGUGGUGGUGAACCCAUCUGCACAAGGUGAAGUAUCAAGAGAGCAUGGCUCACCUGGGUGAAUGUAAAUGGACUCACGUGUUCCCUUUCCUGGUGGUCUCCCUGGUGUACUCUGCCAGCGCUGAAUACUCCAACUGCGGUGAGAACGAGUACUACAACCAGACCACUGGCAUGUGCCACGACUGCCCCAAGUGUGAGCCGGGUGAAGAGCCCUACAUGACAUGUGGGUACGGCACCAAAGAUGAGGACUACGGCUGCAUCCCCUGCCCUUCAGAGAAGUUCUCCAGAGGAGGUUACCAGAUAUGCAGGCGGCACAAAGACUGCGAGGGGUUUUUCCGAGCCACAGUUUUGACACCUGGUGAUCAGGAGAAUGAUGCUGAGUGCGGUCCUUGUCUCCCAGGUUACUACAUGCUGGAAAACAGACCUCGCAACAUAUACGGGAUGGUUUGCUACUCAUGCUUGCUGGCGCCUCCUAACACCAAGGAAUGUACAGGGGCUACCUCUGGCAUUUCAGCCAUCUUCCCAAGUACCUCUGGCACAAGCACUUUCUCACCUUACCAGCAUGCUCACAAAGGAGAUCUUUCAGGACAAGGACAUCUGGCUACAGCUCUUAUAAUUGCAAUGUCUACCAUCUUUAUAAUGGCUAUUGCCAUUGUCCUCAUCAUCAUGUUUUACAUUGUGAAAACAAAACCUUCUGCUCAAGCCUGUUGCAAGAGCCAUUCGGUAAAAAAUGUCGAAGCUCAGGCUAACACACAAGAAGAGAAGAAAGAAGUUCAAGAUAAUGUUGUGAUAUUCUCUGAGAAAGAAGAGUUUGAGAAACUUACAGCAACUCCAGCUAAGGCUGUUAAAAGUGAAAAUGAUGCAUCUUCUGAGAAUGAACGACUUUUAAGCCGUAGUAUGGAUAGCGAUGAAGAAGCUGCAGUUGACAAGCAAGGGACUCCAGAGAGAUGCUUGUUAUCUUUAGUGCAUUUGGCCAGAGAUAAGUCUUCUACAAGCAAUAAGUCAACUGGGAUUCAAAGUCGAAGGAAAAAGAUACUUGACGUGUACGCUAACGUAUGCGACGUUGCAGAAGGUCUGAGCCCAACGGAGUUGCCAUUUGAUUGCCUGGAGAAGACCAGCCGAAUGCUCAGCUCAACCUACAACACAGAAAAAGCCAUAGUGAAAACAUGGCGGCACCUUGCCGAGAGCUUUGGACUGAAAAGGGAUGAGAUCGGUGGUAUGACAGACGGCAUGCAGCUCUUUGAUCGCAUCAGCACAGCAGGUUACAGCAUCCCAGAACUGCUAACCAAACUGGUGCAAAUAGAGCGGUUGGAUGCUGUUGAAUCCUUGUGUGCAGAUAUUCUGGAGUGGGCACAAGCAAUGCCUGCUCCUGAGCCAGCAGGGACAUCCUGACAUGCCUGCCUGGGAGCCGCGCUUCCACAUCACCCUCAAGAACCAUGAUACCAGUGAGCACCACAUCAAAGACUUUGGACAAGAGACCACUGAUGUUUAUUCUAAGUAACAAUUCCCAAUAACCAAUGGGAAGUGCUUCUCUUUGACUUCUAAAAGAAGUUACACACCUACCAAAACAAAAGCAGAAAUCUCCCAAGAAGCUUGGCAUGAAACAUGUCAAUAAACAAAAUUAUCAUGUUAAACAGUUACUGAUAAGUGGACACAUAAACACCCAUUUUGCAGUCUGUGUAUAAGUGCAGAUAACCCUGCUGAUAUCCUUCCUGCCUGGCUUUCAAGAGAGACACUGAAUUGCUCUCUAAACAUAUUUCAGUCUCUUAAGACUUUACUGAACAGUUCCAUAGUUACAGUCAAAAGCAGUACCACAGCUAGCGUAAUUAAUACACAUAAGGCACGUACAUUUGUAUAGGCUCUAACACAUUCAAUGUAACCAGUUUAGUUUUCUACACUUACUAUGGGUUUGUUGAACCUAAAAGUAUGUGCAUAGGUGCAUACACACAGUCCUCAGAUUAAUUUGCUGUAUGAAAAAGUCUAACAUAAUUUACAGAUUGAAGUGCUUCAAAAUGCUGUACAUAAUGCACAUAAAUGCAUACUUGGUCCAUACUGACAUUUCAGAAACUGUAAAUUCAAUUUGCUGACUUGCUGAGGACAAGCCAGUUACUGGGCAGUAAAAGUUGGCAGUCACUCCUCGUAAACUGAGAGCAACAAGCUCUCUUCUUCCUUGCCAUUACGAAAAAAGAAGCAACCAAACCAGCUUAUCCACUACCAUGAAAACUAUACUUUCCCAGUAAAUUAUAUUUCAAGCAGAGGAAUUCAGACAACAGUGGUGCACGUUUGACACUAGGAACAAGAAGAGUAGAUUUCUCUAGGGACACCUGAAAUGCAGAGGUGUUUUUCAAAUGCUAUGCUCUUGUAAGCAUAGACCGUGAGCGCAGAAUCCACAGGUAAAACCCAGCUCCUCAGGAAGGUAAAGCAUUAUUGUGAGUUUGUGUACAGAAAAGUUGACCUAUUUUUUCCAUUUUAACUAAUCUCUGAUUUUCACCAUUGGAAGUUCUCUAAAACUUGUUCAGACCACAAAUCAGUAGCUGUUACCAAACCUCUUUGCUUAAUUUAUAGCUAAAAUGAGUGAUGGCGCAUUUCAACAAGUGCAACCACUGAAUUAAGUCAUGUCAGUUACAGAGCAAUAUUUUAAGAUUCCAAGAUUCAUGAUUGAAUGAAAUGCUAUAAAAAAUAUUAACUAUUACCCUGAAGUGAACAACCAGUAUCCCAUCAGUUAGUAACUAGAUUUUGUCUAUGAUAGUAUCAUUAUUUUGCAGAACAUUUAGUAUCACCCUUUAACAUCUAUAUUUAAUAUCUUCUUAGCACUUGAUUCAUAUAGCAGAGGAAGCACGUACUGCAACAUAAAACCUAUCCCUCUCAUUAUUCCUCUUUCACCAUUUCUUUUGUAUCAUAACACACUCUUCAUUAAUUUGCAUAUGCCAAUUUUGAUGAGAAUUUUGACUUUUAAUGAAGCAGCAAGAUGCAUUUAUUUAAACAUUUUACUAGCUAUUUGGUGUUUAAUUUAUGGGUGAAAUUUUUGUUGUCUUGAAAUCAAUGACAAAUUCAUAUAGAUUUCGAGAGGCUUCUGUAAGAUUCCUAGAUCAGCUGACAACUCAACAAUCUUCAACAAGAUUUUCAAGACCCUGAAUUUGCAACCUAAUACUAUUGCUAUUAGAAAAACAAAAGGGAAACAAGCACCACCACCCCCCAAAUUGUAAAGAUUCUAUUUCUCUUGUGCCAGUGUGUAACUACAGUGUUAUUCAGUGGACUGCCGCUUAUAUUUCUUGUGUCAUUUAUUAAUACACUUCAUUUAUUUGUUUAGAAGAAGCUACAGGAAUCCUCUUCUUAAUGUUUAUUAGGCCAUGAAAAGUUAGGGUCUUGAAACUGAUGGUGCCAAUGUGAACACAAACUAUUUAACAUUAUUUUAUUCAGUAUACAGUAUUUUUAUUGUUACACAAAAGAUGUACAGGAAUGAAAAAAUUUCCUGUAGUUCUUGCCAAAGAUCACUUUCUAAUAAUUUUGUUUAAUGCUGUAUAUAUAACUUAUUAUAUUGUAAAGUAUGAACAUAAAAUAUGCUAAUAAAAGAAAGAGGUUGAACAUA